UUGCAGAAAGGUAAUUACUCUCCUCUUCAAUUAAUGAUACUCGAAGAGUCCACCUUACUCUGCGCUCCUUAAAUGUCUGCGUUCUAUGGAAACUGUGAACGAUAAGGAAAUACUUCUCUAUUUUUAUCUGGAUAUCAAAAACCAUAAAGACAGAGAUUGGCCUGGCUUCAUCCAACACAGAUUAUAAGAGUGGUAGGCGGAUCCAAAGUCAUAUUCCACAAGAAGAAGAAGAAGAAGAAGAAGCAAACAGAAAAGAGAGUACUUGAACAUACCAGUGUAGAACAGUGAGAUCACUACCUAGCUAGCCGGUUGUACAAGCAAGUAAAUGGAAGGUGGACACCCGGCUGCUAGUAAGACAGAGUUCACAGAGUGUUGGAGAACAACAUGGAAGACCCCUUACAUUAUGCGUCUGGCCCUCUCGGCCGGUAUUGGAGGCCUCCUUUUCGGAUACGAUACAGGUGUGAUUUCUGGGGCAUUGCUGUACAUUCGUGAGGACUUUGAUGACGUUGACAAGAAGACAUGGCUGCAGGAGACCAUUGUGAGUAUGGCAGUUGCCGGUGCCAUAUUUGGCGCUGCAAUUGGAGGAUGGAUGAAUGAUGCUCUUGGCCGGAGAAAGUCAAUUUUGUGUGCAGAUUUUGUGUUCUUCAUUGGUGCAAUAGUCAUGGCUGCUGCGCCAGCUCCUUGGGUGAUCAUAAUUGGAAGAAUUCUGGUUGGUUUGGGAGUGGGAAUGGCUUCUAUGACCUCACCGCUGUACAUCUCUGAAGCUUCUCCUGCUAGAAUCCGAGGUGCCCUUGUUAGUACAAAUGGUUUUCUAAUUACUGGAGGUCAAUUUUUGUCGUACCUCAUCAAUCUUGCUUUCACCAAGGCUCCUGGAACUUGGCGUUGGAUGCUUGGAGUAGCUGGAGUUCCUGCUGUGGUUCAGUUUGCGUUGAUGUUCUCACUCCCAGAGUCUCCAAGAUGGCUUUACAGAAAGAACAAAGUAGGUGAAGCCCGGGCUAUCCUAGAGAAAAUAUAUCCUGCGAACGAGGUUGAGGAUGAAAUGAGAGCAUUGCAUGAAUCUGUCGAAAUGGAAAAGGCUGAGGAAGGAGAUGUUGGUGAUGGCAUCAUAGCAAAACUAAAGGGUGCGUUCAGCAACCCUGUGGUACGAAGAGGACUCUAUGCUGGCAUAACAGUCCAAGUAGCUCAGCAAUUUGUGGGUAUCAACACUGUCAUGUAUUACAGCCCAACCAUUGUUCAGUUUGCUGGAUUUGCUUCCAACCAAACGGCUCUAGCACUUUCCCUCAUCACUUCUGGUCUCAAUGUUGUUGGCACUGUAAUUAGUAUGUGCUUUGUGGAUAGAUACGGAAGGAGAAGGCUUAUGAUCAUUUCUAUGGUGGGAAUUAUCACUUGCUUGGUGGUGUUAUCUGUGGUGUUUUUUGAGGCGGCAUCUCAUGCUCCUCGUAUUAGCAAUUUGGAAUCAACUCAUUUUGGUACCAACUCCACAUGUCCGGCUUAUAUGUCUACCCGUAAUCCAGCCUCAUGGAACUGCAUGACAUGCUUGAAAGCUCAGUGCGGCUUCUGUUCUAAUAGUGCAAGUGCAUAUGCUCCGGGAGCUUGCGUGGCUUCAAAUGUUGGCUUGAAAAAUGCAUGUGGCGGAGAGCAUCGUGUCUGGUACACAAAAGGUUGUCCAAGUAAAAUUGGAUUCUUUGCAGUGAUCCUUCUGGGAUUGUACAUGAUUAUCUACGCGCCUGGAAUGGGAACUGUACCAUGGAUUGUGAACUCAGAGAUAUACCCUUUGAGAUACAGAGGCACUUGUGGAGGCAUUGCUGCAGUGUCCAAUUGGAGUGCCAAUCUGAUUGUGAGUGAGACAUUUUUAACCCUCACACAUGCUUUGGGUUCUGCAGGCACAUUCCUCCUCUUUGCUGGCUUUUCACUCAUUGGACUCGUAUUCAUUUUCUUCCUGGUUCCUGAAACCAAAGGGAUGCAAUUUGAGGAGGUUGAGAGGUUGCUUAAGAAAGGAUACAGACCAAAAUUGUUUGCCUCCAAGCACAAGGAAGUUAUAGAAUCCAAGGAAAUCAAAGAAACCAAGUCUAUUGAACAUUGAUAUUCCAACAAUCCCAACGUGGUGAUUCUAAUAAGGUUUGAGUAGAAAGGUCUUUGUUUAGUGUAUGGUGUUUGUUUGAGACUGCAGCAUUAGUACAUGUGAUUACAAGAACUACACAGAUGAUCAAGUUAUGCCACUGGUUUAUAUUAUGGCUGUUUGAACUUGAAAGGCAUUAGUGAUUGUAUUUAGGAAUAAUCUUAUCUUAUUUUGGUUGGUCUUGAUCAAUUUAGUGAUUUGAAUUGUGAA